UCCACCAGGUGAUUGCAUCGAAAAUUACAAGCACUCCUCUGGUCAACAAGCUCUAUAAUUUUUGCAUUUAUCAUUCAGCUCUAGAGCCUAAACAGUAAAGGACAAGAUGUGUUUUAAAAUGUGUUUUAAGAUAAAAUGCUUUAAUUGCUUCCACACUAAACGCAAUGACCGCCACAGCAAUAAAAUGACCAACAGCAACUCCAAGGCAUCAGGGGAGUCCCCUGUAAAUACUCUAGCCUCACAGCCAAACCUGAGACAUGAGCAACAAAGCAAACAAGACUGCAGUGAAACUGCGAAGACAACUGGAUCCAAACGAGGGCAGGCUGAAGGUAUCCCAAAGGAAGAUGUUAUUGUGCUUAAAGAGUGGAGUUUUAAGACCAGUGAGUCAUCAAUCACUAAUGGCAAAACAGGUCAAAUGACAGCAAGACCUCAACCAGUCAAUGCAAAAGAGCCAAUCAAGAUCUUUGUGUCUGAAAAGGGGGACAUGAUGGAUAGAAAUGAAGAGAGGUCACUGGAUAAACGCAGAGAAAGCAACGAAUAUAGUACUAAUAGAUUAAAGAGGAAGAACACAAUGACCCAAGAGAAAGACUCAAGGAAAUCAUCAACCACUUCCUCAAAAAAACUAACAUUAAACAGGCCCAGAAGAAAACUUAAAAAGGACCUAAUACCGAACCCUGAGGUCUUCCACAAGAUUGACACACAUGCAAUCAACGCUGGAAGAGAACUCAGAAUCAAGAAGAUCUUUUCGGUGCAAGCAAUCACCAAGACAAUCACAGAGGGGGCAUGUAGUGAUUUAGACAAACUACGUGCCAUCUGGAUCUGGCUUUGCCACAACAUUGAGUAUGAUGUGAAUGGCCUUCUGGGCUUUUCUGAGAUGGUUUACUCUCCUGAGCAGGUCAUUUCGACUGGACGAGCUGUGUGCUCUGGUUACUCCAGCGUCUGUUUACAGAUGUGCAGGGAAGCUGGUAUUGAGUGCAGAGAGGUGUCAGGCUACGGUAAAGGUGCAGGUUACCGGCCGGGUAAGAGUUACAAGAACACAGAAUCCAACCACAGCUGGAAUGCAGUGUGUCUGGAAGGACAGUGGUACCUGUUGGAUGCCUGCUGGGGCGCUGGAUAUGGGGACCUAGACAACAGAGCCUUUAUAAAGAGAUAUGAAGAGUACUACUUUCUGACCGAUCCAGAGACCUUCAUCGACUGUCACUAUCCUGAGGAAGAGGAGUGGCAGCUAUUGGAAAGCCCCAUUAAGGUUGAAGAGUUUGAUAAGAGGGUGCUGAAAAAGCCUGACUUCUACAAACUAAACUUAACUCUCAAUCACCCAAAAAACUUCCUUAUAAUUACAGAGAACGGCGAGGCGACGGUAUCGAUGAGUUUCCCUCAGCUCGUCCAUUUCACCUAUCGGAUUUCCCAGCUCAGCGGCAAAAAACCACAAGAAGUGAGCAAAUCCAUCGGCUUUCUCACCAGCACGCAGCAGAGCAUGAAGCUACGCCUUAUGCCCCCAAAGCCUGGCACGUAUGAGCUCGAGCUUUUUGCUCGAGCUGGAAACGCAACCAAAACAAACAACUGGAUCUGUUCCUUCCAGCUGGAAUGUCCAUCACCCAAGACCUCAGAAGAGCUGCCCGAGAAUCCCCAUGUGUGCUGGGGCCUGCAACCAGAUGCAACGAGUUUAGGACUCGGGCAUUGCAAUUAUGGGAAUGACAUAAUUUCACUAGAGUCUGGAUCCUUCAGGUUGGUCUUAAAGACUACUAAACCACUUAUGGUGUUGUGUGAACUGAGCCACAAGAACCUGGAUAAGACUUUAGCCAAGAAGUGCUUGGCCAUUCAGACUGAGCCCGACCAACUCACAUGCAGCGUUCUCUGUCCUUACUAUGGUUACUACCGUCUGGCUGUGUUUGUAAGGGACUGGGCAAAUGAAGCAGACAGCUUCGAGAUAGCAGGCAACUUUCUUCUUCACUGCACAGCUGGUAUUGUAAACCUGAAUGAGCUUUUUCCCAGUGGCCUCAACAGUUACUGCGGUCCUGGUAUCAAGACUAUGGAAGCCGGCCUCUUUGAGUUCAGCCAUACAGAAGCUCUAGUUUACACACAGCAAGGAAACUGCGACAUCACCUUCCAAAACCGUAAAGAUAUAGAUCUCCUCUGCGAAUUAACUAAAGAGCAGGGUGAUCAAGCAGCAAGUCAAACCACCAUUUCAAACCAUAUCCUCUUCACUCACAAUGGGAGCAAAGUCACCAUAAGCAUCAACCUACCUGAGUCUGGAGUCUACAAGCUUCGCCUCUAUGGAAAAACAUCAUUAAAACAAAAAUACCACCUGCUGUGUGAUUACAUCCUGAAGAACACUUCUAUCAACAAGUGGCCUCCAUUUCCACGCAUGUACGGAGCCUGGAAGAAGGGCAGUGUGCUGUUUGAACCUCGUGCGGGGCGGCUAGAUGCCUUGUCCUGGGUGAAAUUUCGUGUACAAGUCCCAGAGGCCCGAAGAGUGAGUGUGCUCAGAGAUGAGAGUGUGGAUCUACAGCUCAGUGAGAGCGGGGUUUGGGAAGGGAAGGCAUUCACAGGCAGAGGACCAGAGCUCCACCUUGCUGCCAGCCUGAGCGAGGCCUCAAAUACUAUGUCCUUCCUGAUGACCUUCAGUGUGGUGGAACCAGAACAUGAGAAAGCAUCUACAGCUCAUGCACAUUAAUAUCAAAAGCAUCUAUGAGGCUAGGCUAUGUCAUGAAGCCCUAUUGUGACUAGUUGUGUCCCAAAUGGCACACUAUAUACUCUGCACCAUCUAGAGUAUGACAUUUAUGAAGGUUAUUUUGUCAUCCAGAUUUGGAGUCUGAUAGACUCCUCCCUUGGCUACGUAACUUGGCGACAGUGCAAUACAUGACAUUUCCAGUAUUUCAUACUUCAUUUUGUUUUAGUUUAUUAAGUGCAUCAUCCUGGUUUUUGAUGUGCACCUUUUCUUUUCGCAAUACGCGAGCCGACAUUAUCGAGUAUGUCACCCACUUUGCAAAAGAGAAACAAAAACAUGUCGAACAUCCAAAAGCUUUCACUGCAUGAUGAAGCCUAUAAGAAUACAGUUAAAAUGACCCCUUUAAUUCAAGUUGGAAAAAAAAAAUCCCUGUAUAGUUUUUUGUUUUAAUUUUUAGUUAUGUAAUAUCACACAAGCAACAGCUGUUUUCCUUAAUAUUAGAGCGGUAGUGUGAAUGCAAAGGUGAUACAAACAAACAAGUUAAUACUGAGGGAGUUACAUUUUAGACACAAUAUUUUCUGUUGUUGUUGUUGUUGCAGGGCCAGAAUAUUUGUGCCUCUCAGAGGAAUGCUGCAGUGUCUAAUUCCUGAAUGAAUCUUUUUAUGAACAAAUCAUUUGAGUGAAUGAUUCAGUGAUCCUUUUAUAAAGACUAUCCGUUGAUUUGUUUAGAAUUUAAUCAGCCCUUUUAAAUGAAUCGUGUGAAUGAAUAGGGACUUUAAGCAACAGCCUCUGGUGGAACGGCAACAGCGACUGGAAGUUUGCUGUCACACCGCCGUAGCCAAGAACGUUAAAAUCACUAAGCAACGGUUAACAGGACAGCGCAACGCGGCAUUAAUUCAUUUAUUGACUUACAAAAAAAUGUCAUUUAAAAAAGCAAGAGAAGGAUUGCUUUUGGCAUUAAAUUACAAUCUUUUGUCAGAAGAUGAGUUUUUAAUAUUGUAUGAUGUAAAUAAGUCUAAAAACCUAGAUUUACCAUGUAAGCAAUACUUGCCUUUUAACCUUGAUUACAUGGAGGAAUGCUUAAAUGAAUUUUGUGUCAGAAAAUGUCACCUGCUCUGCUACCAAUUAUGGUAGAUGUUCUCGGAAUUCCCAAUGAGAUCAUUUGUGAUCAGACAAUCAUAAACU